GGGGCAGCCCGUAACUAAACAGCACCGCAUAUCUGGCAACCCACAGCAGCAACGUCCAGCCCUCGUUCGGAUUUGACAGCAGGAUUACCUUCUGCCAGUGUAAUAGCAACAUUGGGAAGGACGCUGUCUAAAUAUAGAGAUGGCAGUGAACGUAUACUCCACGUCAGUAACAAUUGAGAACCUGAGCCGACAUGACAUGUUAGCAUGGGUUAACGACUCCCUUCAGCUCACCUACACCAAAAUAGAACAAUUAUGUACAGGGGCGGCUUAUUGUCAGUUCAUGGACAUGUUGUUCCCAGGGUGUAUUCUUUUAAAGAAAGUGAAAUUUCAAGCAAAACUGGAACAUGAGUUUAUACACAACUUCAAAGUACUCCAGGCAGCUUUCAAGAGAAUGAACGUUGACAAAGUAAUUCCUGUGGAAAAAUUAGUCAAAGGAAAAUUUCAGGACAACUUUGAAUUCGUCCAGUGGUUUAAAAAAUUAUUUGAUGCCAACUAUGAUGGGAAAGAGUAUGAUCCUAUUCAAGCUAGACAGGGCCAAGAUGUGGCACCUCCACCAAAUCCAGGUGAACACUUUUCCCACAAACCCAAGAGAACUGGUCCCUCAGGGCCCCAGAGAAUAUCACCAACAGUACCUAAAAACAUGCCCACACCACAGAGGGUGACCACUACCAUAAGGAAGAACCCCACACAUGCCCGAAAUGGGGGCAGUGAUGCUGAAAUCAUGGAGCUUAAUCAACAGCUGAUGGAGUUGAAGUUAACAGUAGAUGGUCUGGAGAAGGAGAGAGAUUUCUACUUCAGCAAACUUCGAGACAUUGAACUGAUCUGCCAAGAGCACGAGAUUGAGAACAACUCUAUUCUGACUCGGAUAAUUGACAUUCUGUAUGCCACAGAGGAUGGCUUUGCACCGCCAGAAGAUGAUGAACUAGAUGAGCAGGCCCACUUGGACCAGGACGAAUUCUGAGGAUUCUCUUCUCUUCCACAUCAUCGUGACCCUCCACGACAUCCUCUCUCCGUGACUUCGAAUUACCCCCUUACUGCACGCUGUUAAUAUCCCCUCAGUUUCCUACAAAAACUGUAUGUGGGCUCUUCAUAUAUACUUGGUUUGUCUCCUAUGCUGGUUUAUGCUCUACAUCUGUUUUAACAAAUGCUCACUGUCCUCACCCUCAUUCGGAGAGUAGCACCAACAACGACACAUCCUAGCCGUCUCAGCAUGUUUUACAAAUCAACAUAGAGAAUGAACAAAAAUAAAAGGUAUCAUAGAUUGUGGGGAACACAAAAGACUUGUUAAUGUAAAUAUUGUAAUGGGGAAAGAAGUUUUAGAAGAAAGAAAAAAAGAAAAUGAAGAAACUUGUCGCCUGGAAUGCAGUUAUUUGUCGUCAGAUUUCAUACGCAUUUUCUUUAGGGUCUGUCUUGGCUCCAUUUAGUAUGGAAGGCUCACUAUCACACCAUUCAUCUUGUUUUCAGCCUCAAUCUGCCUCUCUCACUGACUACUCACAUUUAAUGAAUAAAAUGAAGUAUAUAAGCACCAUCAGGACAAAUCUUAACAAUAUCAAACUCAUGAAUCUUUUAUACCUGCCAAGGCAUUGAUGUCAAGCUUGUCAGGGACAAACUAAUCAGUUAAAACCUGCUAUAUUAAUCUAAUUAUUUCUAAGCUAUAAAGAGGACAUUUAUACUUUUAUAAGGUGGGUGGGCCAGUGACAGAGGUAGUAGAAAAAUACUUAAAACUUAAAAAAAUGUGUUGAAAAGACAAUAAUUUAAGAAUGGCACAGGUUGUUUUGCUUACACCCAGGGAGCAUGUGAAUGUUAUAUACAUUGACAGUUGAUGACUGAUUGUAUUUUUUUUCUUUUAAUCUUUUAAUCGUGACAUAUCAUUCUCAUAGACUGAAAGAUAGAGACUCACCAAAUGAAUGAAAAGUGGAAUUACCAUCAUAUACAACAUUGCAUUUAUGACAACAUUAAGCAUGAGGGAAAAUACUCAUUGGUACGGUGUAUAUUUAAUUUUAGGGGCAAUCAGACAAGUGAUACUACUGAUCAGAUGAUUGUAUGACGAGUUAAACUGACAUUUGCUGCUAGUGUUGCUGUGUUUAUGUAUAUUAUUUUGUAUUUAUUUUGCUCAGCUAUUGAAUAGCAUACGGGCUGUGCAUUCUUAACUGUAAAUCAUAUCAGAUUUGUAAAAGAUCAAAUGAAACGGAGAUGCCAGAAUCAUUGGUUUUCAGAGUAAAUCUUCUUUGUGUGAGAACCUGUCAUCUUGUAUUGUCUCAGUAUGGCCAUCAUUGUGUUUGCAUAAAUUGUUUUGAUUAAAUAAA